UAAAAAGUAUUUCUAUACAAAAAAAUGAGUAAUGUACACGAACGCCACUAUCUUAGAGGAUGUUUUUACAUUAAAUAUAGCUUCUCGGUUGUGUUUCCAUGGAAACAGCGUUAUGCUGUUGCUUCGAUGCUGAUCAACAUGGAGUUUAUGGGUAGCAGUUAUAAUGGAGACUACAAGAAUAUCAGGAUGGAGGGAAUGGGAGAGUACACAUUCCCCACUCAGACCAGAUAUGUCGGAGAGAUGAAAGACGGCAUGUUCCAUGGAAAAGGAGUGCUACACUUUCCCACUGGAAGCAAAUAUGAGGGAACUUGGGAGAAAGGAAUAUCCAAACAGGGAAAGUACACAUUUUCUGAUGGCCUAGAGUAUAGAGAGACUGACUGGGAUUACUGCGAUGGCAACGAUAGGCGGUUCUACUCUGAGAGGUGUAAUGGCUUGAAACCAGCAGGAGAAUCCCAGUUAACUGACCAAGACCCCCCACGGGUCAUCCCUGAUGGCUGCUAUGACAGCGGUGAUGGCUUUUAUGAUCCCAACACCAGAGUCAUCAAAGACUAUGAUGGCAAGUUUCUCAGGAACACAGAUGACCAAGAACAUGAGUGGAUUGUGCGUACCUGCAGGAAGAGCUGGGAUGAGUUCAUUGGCCACUAUCCAAGAACCAGCACACUAGAGGAGACGUGAGAAUACUGACACACAAAGAAAGCCAUUGCAAAUUGGUGUAAUAUGAAUUGCAUAUCUUUGUGACAUUCAUUCAUUUUUGAAAAUGUGUUGUGAAAAUAAAACUAAGAUCACAUUACAUUUUGAACUCAAAAAUGUUAAUAUAAAAAAUGUAAUAGGCUAUAGUUAAAAAUGAGGACACUAAGGUGAUUUUAUUUGGCUUGUUUCAAAGGGAGAGAAUGCAAAUAUCCCUACAGUGACAACCGUUAGAUUGAAACCCACAGACAUUAGACUUUAUAAAUGUAUUAUGGAUUUAUGGAACCUUAUGGAAAACUAAAACACAAGUACUGUAUGUCUUAAGUCACAUAAGCCUAUUCAUUUAUAAAGCAUUUUUAAAUUCUUAAUAAACUAAACUGUUUUAAUA